AUGUCAGAACGGGUCACCAGGAGCCAGACUGGCAAGACGCCCAGGAAGUCCAUGCUUCCUGAUGGAUUCGUCGAAACCCCAGGCACGCAGCGCCGUUCGCGCAAAUCUGGCGCUUCCUCAGACGAGCGCUCUCCCUCUCCCCUCGAAGACGCCUCGAGCACCGCCCGCGAACCCAAGACCGUGAGCAGCAAGUCGAGCAAAAGCACCAAUGGCCACAUCAAUGGCGCACCCAAGGGCAAGAAGGCUAUCGAUGGCUACGUCGAGGGCAUGGACCCAAGGAUCGACUACAACCCACACUUCGACUUUGGCGGCACAUGGGGUGUGAGUGCCAUGAUGAUCGGGUUCCCGACUUUGAUGUGGUAUAUGUGGGUGGGAGCGACAUACUACGAUGGCAAGUUCCCGUCCGAGCCGAACAUGACCUGGGCCGAGUUUGGCAAGCAUCUGGUUCACCUGGCUUACACCGGCGCAUUCCCCCAUUUGAAGGCGUGGACCAUCUACUGGACUUUCUUCGUUUUCCAGGGUAUCCUCUACCUGACCAUGCCCGGCGUGUACUCCACUGGCAAGCCUCUUCCCCACGAGAACGGCAAGCAGUUGCGCUACUACUGCAACGCCGUGACCAGCUUCUACCUCACCAUUGUCCUUGCCCUGGUCUUGCACUUUACUGGCCUGUUCAAGAUGUACACUCUCAUUGACGAGUUUGGCCCUCUGAUGUCGGUUGCCAUCCUGACUGGUUUCAUUGUGAGCAUCAUCGCUUACGUCUCCGCUCUUGCAAGAGGCGCACAACACCGCAUGACUGGCUACCACGUCUACGACUUUUUCAUGGGUGCCGAGCUCAACCCACGCAUGUUCGGAUGGCUGGAUUUCAAGAUGUUCUUCGAAGUCCGCUUGCCAUGGUUCAUCCUCUUCUUCACCAGUCUGUCGGCCGCAUUCCGCCAGUACGAGCAGUAUGGGUACGUUUCUGGUGAGGUGGGCUUCCUUCUCAUGGCGCAUUGGCUGUACGCGAACGCUUGCUGCAAGGGCGAGGAGAUGAUUGUCACGACCUGGGACAUGUACUACGAGAAAUGGGGCUUCAUGCUGAUCUUCUGGAACUUGGCUGGUGUGCCGCUCAGCUACUGCCACUGCACCGUGUACCUCGCCAACCACGACCCUGCGAGUUAUGCUUGGUCCAAGCCAGUGCUUGUCUUCCUCUACGCCUCCUACCUCUUCAUGUACUGGGUAUGGGACACGGCCGGCUCACAGAAGAACUACUUCCGCGCCGAGGAGAAGGGCUACGCCCAGGACCGAAGGACUUUCCCUCAAUUGCCAUGGAAGAUUAUCAAGAACCCUGACCACAUCAAGACGGAUACUGGCGACUCACUUCUGACUGAUGGUUGGUACAAGUACUGCCGCAAGAUCCACUACACUUGCGACAUGUACUUUGCCCUCACGUGGGGUCUCAUCACUGGGUUUGAGAGCCCGUUCCCAUGGUUUUACCCUGUCUUCUUUGCCCUGAUGAUUGUCCACCGCGCGUACAGGGAUAUUCAGAGGUGCAAGGACAAGUAUGGAGAUGCGUGGGUGGAGUAUGAGAAGAAGGUGCCGUAUCUGUUUAUUCCGGUAGGAAUCUUCAUCUUCCACCCCACCAUUCCCAACUACCCCAAAGCCAAAUUCCCCGGCGUGGUAGUCUUCUCUGAGAUCUAUCAAGUCACCGGCCCCGUCCAACGCUUCGCCCGUCAAAUCGCCUCCCACGGCUACAUCGUAGCGGCGCCCUCAUCCUAUCACGAGUUCACCGGCCCAGAGCCUCUCGCCUACGACGGCCCAGGAACUGAUAAGGGCAACGACUGGAAAAUCGCCAAGAAAGUCUCCGCAUAUGAUGAAGACGCUACGCUCUCCGUCGACACAUUGAUCUCGCUCCCCACAUGCAAUGGCCGCAUCGGAGCAACCGGCAUGUGUCUCGGCGGCCACCUCGCCUUUCGCGCAGCCUUCGACCACCGCGUACGUGCCGCAGUCUGCUACUUCGCCACCGACAUCCACAGCGCAACGCUCGGCGAGGGCAAAUCCGACGAUUCUCUCAAGCGUGCUGCACAGAAGGGCACGUUUAAGGGGGAGCUUGUCAUGAUCUUUGGGAAGCGCGAUACGCAUGUUCCGCCUGAGGGGAGGGAUCUCAUCCGUAAGACGCUGCACGAGAGUGGGGCUGUGUUUAGCUGGUAUGAGCCUGCUUGGGCGCAGCAUGCUUUCAUCCGGGAUGAGUUGAGCAAGGGGCGGUAUGAUCCGGCUUUGUCUGGCAUUUGCUUCCAGAUGUUGCUGGAGCUGUUUGGUAGGACGUUGGCGGAGGGAUUGGGGCCUCUGGUCAGUGAGACUGGGGAGGUUGAGGAUGUGUGCUAG